AUGGAGCUUCGCCGCUUAGCUCAAUCUAACAAUGCAACAUCAUCAACCUCGUCGCCCCGGCGAGGUACUUCAUCUACUUCUCCUGGGUCGCUACUGUCAACGCCCAACCGUGGAGGGCAUGUGCCUACGACGCCGCGCACCCGUCUGAUUUACCCGCAUUCUCCCGUAACUUCACCCUCUAUAUCGGCGUCCACCCCUUUUGAUUGGGAUGCUGCACGGUCGCGGAGACCGCCGCCGUAUGCCACCCCAGUUUCAAAGAGGGUACGCGGACUGCGUCAAAGUGACAUUGGUACCCCCACGCCAGGAUCUGCAGGAUCUGACCCGCCUGCGACUAAGAAGAAAGAGAGAGUCGUCAGGAAGAGGGGGUUGGUGGACCGGAUUACAUCACUGCCCUCAGCGAUUGCCUUUGAAUUAUCGCUUUUCCCGCAUAAUGUGCCACUCCCUGCACCUACCACUACGGCAUGGUUGUUUGGCGGCUCCGCACACGUUUUGCACUUUCUCCUGCGCCUCUCUCGCGGUAGCAAAGUACCUGAAUCCGAUCUUGGUUGGGAAGACAUGUAUCAUGAAGGCGAAGGCGAGUCAUGGUUUAACUGGACCUUCUUGGCGUAUACGAUCCUCCUGGGUGCCGCAAUUCUGAAUGCUCUGUAUCUAUUCACUCGUACCCGCCUCUAUCAGCUUACGCUUGCAACGGAUCCUGUCUCGUCCCCACAUGCUGAUUUCAUUCUCCGUCCGCGUACAGUCCAGAUUUCAUCGGAGGAUGAACAGUCGUCCCUUCGUCCUAACCGAAUCGGACCCCUACUUCUUUCCCUAGUAUCCCAUCUGUGGCGCGCGUUUCUGGUUUCCCUACGAUUCCUGCUUAACCUCAGCCCACCCAAGACAAGAGAGAAGGUUAUUCGAGCUAAUCGUAAUGUGGAGCGUAUUCAGCAGCUUGAAGUCUGGACCCCUGGACCCCUCGAGAGUGCGCUAUUCGUUAUAUACUCUCCUGUACAUGCUGUACUGUGGAUGGCGGUGACCAGUGCGAAUUGGGUACUGAUUUGUUGCAUUAUGGCUGGUGUCAGUGUGCAAUUACGGGCCCUGACCCGCGCGUAUGAAGCACUGUUGAAGGAUCGGAGUAUUAUCGCUGCGGAGGUGAUGCACGAAUAUGAUGAGAAAUUUGUCUAUCCUCGUGUGAACCCUAUUCGCAAAGAUGCAGCUGUAAUGACUCACCAAGCAGAACUCGUGUGGGACGGACACUAG